AUGCAGAGGUCGGGGAGCUCUGGUGAUCUGAACAUUAACUCCAGCAGACUCCUAUUAGCUGAUAUAAUAGGACGAGGAAACAACACCAAGACAAAACAAGCCUUCCAAGUCAAUGUCACUCAGAUACUCAAGGCUCCCAGGAAGAAUCUUCUGAGAAUCUAUGACAUCUACUCACCCUUGCGUUGGGAGGACUGUGGUUAUGCGCUGAGGACGACUCAACAAUCACAAUUACUCAUUGCAGGCUAUCUGAGGAGAGGGAAACUGUACUUCACAAGAUGCCACCUGGUAUAUUUCUGGCACCGGCUCACCAGAGAGCAGAGAUUAGGUUUCGAGGCAGCGUAUAGAAUGGGAUGCAAAUGUCAAGUUCAACCCUGCAUCCGGUGCUGGGGCCCCUGCCCUGAACCUGAUUUCACAGAGUGUGUGUGGAAACAAAGAGGCUGUAACUACAGCAUAUGGGAAGGAAGCCGUUCCUUGUACUACACGUGUGUCCCCUCCACAUCUGGUCGUUGUGAAUGGACCCGUAUCCAGAGGAACUAUCAAUACCAGACUCCACCUCCACUGACUACAAUAACUGGUCCUAUAAAAAUAUUUUAG